CUUGGGAAUUGGAGUAGCAAAUUGGAGUCACGAUAGCGCUAGUGCGCUUGCAGUACCCUGGUCCGCGAUGACGCCUGUCAAGCCGCCGUCGGCUUCAGAUGAUUGCAAAACGAACUUCCCCGCAAUGGCUGGAUGAUAUGGUCAUAAGAGCCAGGCUUGCCGUCUCAACCGUUCGAGUAAAAUUCAAGCAUAUUCACGCGACUUCCAAAGUAGCCUUUGUACCCAAAACCCACCUGCUUUGUGAGAAACCACCACAUCACAAUGGGCAAGAAGCGCGUUCUCAUUUCGUACGGUGUUGACGUCGAUGCUGUUUCGGGAUGGUUGGGCUCAUAUGGCGGAGAAGACAGCACAAGCGACAUCAGUCGCGGAAUGUUUGCCGGCACAGUAGGCACACAGCGGCUUUUGAAGAUGUUCAAGAAGUAUAACAUCAAAACAACGUGGUUCAUCCCUGGUCACAGCCUAGAGACGUUCCCCGAAGACAUGGCAGCAGUGCGCGACGCUGGUCACGAGAUUGGAUUGCAUGGAUACAGCCACGAAAACCCUGUAGACAUGACUAUAGAGCAGCAACGAGAUAUUCUUGACAAAACAUAUCGUAUGCUCACUGAUUUCGCCGGGAAACCUCCUCGUGGAAGCGUUGCGCCUUGGUGGGAGACGAGCCGUGAGGGUGCUGAGCUAUUGCUGUCAUACGGGAUCGAAUACGACCACAGCAUGAGCCAUCACGAUUGCCAGGCUUACUACUUGAGGACCGAUGACUCCUGGACUAAGAUUGACUACAGCAAACAAGCCAAAGAAUGGAUGAAGCCACUAGUCAAGGGACAGGACACGGGCUUGGUCGAGAUACCUGCGAACUGGUAUCUGGAUGAUCUACCACCUCACAUGUUCAUCAAGGGUUCGCCCAACAGCCACGGUUUUGUCAACGCACGGGACACCGAAGAUCUGUGGCGUGAUCACUUUGAUUACUUCUACAGGGAGCAUGAUGAGUUCAUCUUCCCGAUCACCAUUCACCCAGACGUUUCUGGGAGACCGCAUUUAUUGUUGAUGCACGAGAGACUGAUUGAACACUUCAUGAAGCACGAAGGUGUGGAAUUUGUUACGAUGGAGGAGAUUUCAGACGAGUUCAAGAAGAAGAAUGCACCGACUGAGGGAGCCUUGUUGCCGGCAGAAGCGGGACUGAAGUUGAAGGAGAAACCCUUGUAGUUGCAGAAGAAUACAAAUAUGUCAAAGUGGUCUCGAAACGCCCAGACUUUGUCACAGGAGAAGACGGAGGCUCUCAAACUGCCCGAUGUGGUCAUUUCGGCAAACUUGCCGGGCAGCGUGGGACAUCGGGGCUGGGUAGGCCGUGCAACAUCACCUUCACAG